GUUUACCUCUGGAUCAGGUGGUUGAACAUGUUGUUCUGGUAGUACGCCAUCAUGAGUCUGAUGGCUCCUGAUCGGUUUGUGAAUGUGCACGAAUCUCUUGCUCCUGAUGCUGCCACUGCUGUGUUAUUUGAUGAGGGCGAAGCACUGUUUCCUCGCGAGUUCAGGAACGGGGGGGAUUUGGCGCGAGGACCCUUUUUUUUCGCUAUCCGUUGGUUUGUAGGGCAGAUAGCUUCCGAAGGAUACACCAGGGUGUGGUCUGCUGAUAGGUGGAGGGAGAAGACCAAGGGCAGAGCAGAAAGAGGAGAGAGUGUAGUGGAGGUGAAGGAUAAAAGUGCGGUGAUGUCAAGCCGGAGGAGAAGAAAAGGAAAAAGAACAGGGACAGGGACAGGGACAAGAACAGGGACAGAAGCGCAGGUCGGUAAUGAGCAUGAAUUCUCUUUUCACGCUCCGUUUGUGAUUCCUUCUCCGUUGAUGUAUUCGACAAAAAGACCGACGGUGGACUAUCACAUUCAAACACGUAGUUCCCUGCUGCUGUUCUGUUCACUCCCUUGUCUUUGCACUCUUCAAUCGCAUCCACAUACACAUGCCCACAUAAAUGGACCUGGGAUGUUGACAAGGACGGUUCUCAGAUCGCAAUAAUCGGUACACGUUACAUACAUACGCGGAUUGCAUGGUGUACAUUGCGCUGAGUGAAAUAUCUGUACAUGUAUGGAUAAAAAAACAUCCCAACAGCCGAAUUUGAACUUUCUUGUAUCGUAGGGGGAGGGCCAUAGUCUUGUAAAGUGUAUGAUUUUGCACCACAAAGUCUUGGCUAACCUUAUUCAGAUGAAUAUUAUCCUGUGGUGCUUAUGGUGCCCCUGUUCUUCUCGGCUGUAAUAAUUCCAUGGUGUCCUGUUGCACCUUUCUUAAUCGCGUGUGUCCUUACUCAGUCAGCUUGUCCCUGAGACGCGGCAGCAGGCAUGCAAGACAAAAAUUUUAAGGUUCCGCAACGUGUACCGCCUAUGAUCAAU